AUGUUUAUUUCUGGCUACGACUCUGUUCGACAUUAUUAUAACGACAUCAAUGUCUGCUCGACUUCCAACAACCCCUGCCACACCCAGGCCACCUGUACAGAUCACCCCGCCCCUUCACUGGACGCCAACUGUACCUGUAACGUUGGAUAUACAGGAGACGGUCGGACUAACGGAACUGGAUGUUCAGACAUCAACACCUGCUCGAACUCGUCCAACCCCUGCCACGCCCAGGCCACCUGUACAGAUCACCCCGCUCCUUCACUGGACGCCAACUGUACCUACAUCAACGUCUGCUCGAACUCGUCCAACCCCUGCCACGCCCAGGCCACCUGUACAGAUAACCCCGCCCCUUCACUGGACGCCAACUGUACCUGUAAAGUCGGAUAUAAAGGAGACGGUCGUACUAACGGAACUGGAUGUUCAGAUGUCAACGUCUGCUCGAACUCGUCCAACCCGUGCCACGCCCAGGCCACCUGUACAGAUCACCCCGCUCCUUCACUGGACGCCAACUGUACCUGUAAAGUCGGAUAUGCAGGAGACGGUCGGACCAACGGAACUGGAUGUUCAGACAUCAACGCCUGUUCUUCCAACCCGUGUCAUGUGAACGCCACCUGCACAGACAACCCCGCCCCAGCCCUGGACGCCAGCUGUGCUUGUAACGCUAAUUAUACCGGUGACGGUGUGGUGAACGGAACUGGCUGCUCUCUGCAGGCCGUUAGCGGUGUCGUAUCUUUAAACAUUGCAUUUUUGCCACCACUUGCCUAUGUUUUUGUGGUCGUUUUGUCGUUUGUGAUUUCGUUCUAG